AUGGCCUCAUCCCACCAAGAGCUCAUUAUUCCCCUUUUAAUUGAUGGAAAAGAAGAUGUGGGCAGCGAGUUAUUUGACGUUGUGAGUCCAAAAACUGGAAAAGUAUGCUGGAGAGCAGUAUCCUCGAGCUCUGAAGAUGCAACUCGCGCGGUCGAAGCAGCACAGAGAUCCUUCCCCUCCUGGUCGAAGACAAAGCCGCAACAGAAGCAAAAGAUUCUUUUCAAAGCCGCGGAUAUUCUGGAGAGUCGGAUCACAGAAUAUGGUGGUAUUAUGGAGACUGAAAUGGGAGGAGAUGUGGGUCCGGUACACUUUUGGGUGCUUCCAACUGCAGUGCGAUUCCUCAGAGAUAUCGCCAGUCACAUACCGUUGAUAACAGGAGGUAUACCCACCGUUGAAGACCAAGGGACCAGUGCUAUGAUUUGGAAAGAGCCCUAUGGAGUUAUCUUGGGAAUAUCGCCUUGGAACGCUCCAUUUGCACUAGGAAUGCGAGCAGCAGCCACAGCCAUUGCCACGGGAAACACAACAGUGAUCAAAGGAUCGGAAUUAACACCUCGAUGUUACUGGGCACUAGGACAAGUUUUCCAAGACGCAGGUCUGCCAGCAGGUGUCUUGAAUAUCAUUUACUGCAAAACUUCCGACGGAGCAACAGUUACCAAUACCAUAAUCAGACAUCCAGCAGUGAAGAAAAUUAAUUUUACGGGAAGCACAGAUGUUGGCCGAAAGAUCGCUCGUACCUGUGGAGAAAACCUCAAGCCUUGUUUGAUGGAGCUCGGAGGUAAGAACAAUGCGAUUGUAUGCGCGGAUGCCGACCUGCAGAAAGCGGCCAAGGAGUGCAUAGUUGGAGCCGUAUUGCAUUCCGGGCAAAUAUGCAUGUCAACAGACCGCAUUAUAAUACACGCGGACAUUGCCGAACAAUUUUUAGAGAUCUUAAAGGCUACUAUUAUCAACCUCGCAUCAUCAGUAUCUGCUCCGCCAUAUCUUGUUAACGCCGCUGCAAAAUCUCGGCUACAGGGGGUAGUCUCAAAAGCCCUAUCUGAAGGAGCUUCCAGUUUUGUUGGAGACAUUGAGCAACUCCAUCCAAGAGAAGGCGACGGAGCUACUCCUGUCAUUUUUGCACCCAUGAUAAUUGGAGAUAUUCAGGAUGAGAUGGCGUUGUGGCAAGAUGAAAAUUUCGGACCUGUUGCCGCAUACAGAAUUGCCAAAUCCGAUGAAGAAGCUAUAGCUAUUGCAAACAAUACUGAGUUUGGACUAGUUGCAGCUGUGUUUACUAAAGACCUUCGCAAGGGUUUUGCCAUUGCAAAGCAGCUGGAGGCCGGAGCUAUUCACAUCAAUAGCAUGAGCGUCCGCGAUGAACCUGCAUUACCAAUGGGUGGGGUGAAGAAUAGUGGCUGGGGUAGAUUCAACACCAUGCUCGGGAUGGAGGAGUUCUUGGUCGCGAAAUCAGUAACAUGGGAUGAUUGAGCAAGAGGGUAGCAAACUGGAAUGGGCGGAUAUUCGCCAACACUAGUUCGUAAGAAAUCGAGAGCUCUAUCUUCGACUUCAGAUUUUCAAUCUUACAAUCGAUAGUAUCAGCUGCACUGUGCCUCUUACGUAGACAAACUGUUGCCCCUUUGCAUGCAUAAUGCACAUAGGGUUGUGCCUUAUCAUAUACUAUACCUGGAUCUGCAGAAGAGUGUUAAUUCAAAUACAUCCUCCGAUAUUAGGUAGAAGUAGGACGCACUGUCACGUUACGUCACGUCACCGCCCCUCCACCCGCAACUGUAGACUCAAACCAACUGUUUUCAAUAGAAAAUCGCGAAUUGUAAUUCAUCAGGCUGGAAUUCUGGAUACCCUCGUUCAAAGUGCAACAAUCGGUCAAACAAAGUCCCCACUGUACGUGGAGUGUGGAACUACCAACUGCUAUCAGAUAACACAAACCU